UCGACAGCUUAUAACGGAACCGCACUAGAGACCUCUCACGAGGAUAUGGUGCACGAUGCUCAACUAGAUUAUUAUGGAAAGAAACUAGCAACUUGUUCUUCGGAUCGACAAGUGAAAAUCUUCGAAAUCGACGGAGAAGUUAGAAAGGAUAUCAGAACUCUGAAAGGUGGUGUUAAUUCUGUUAGUUGGGCUCCGGCAACGAUACCAGGUGCACUGGUCCAUAUUACCGGGGGUGCACCAAAUGUAAAUGUAUCCAAAAAGUUUGCUUCUGGUGGAUGUGACAACAUUAUUAAAAUUUGGACUUACAGGGAGGAUUCUAAUGAUUGGAAAGAGUGUGAAACUUUGGAAGGUCACACUGACUGGGUGCGCGAUAUUGCUUGGGCUCCAAAUGUUGGGCUUCAGAAAAAUUAUUUGGCUAGUUGUUCUCAGGAUAAGACUGUAUAUAUUUGGACUCAGGAUGCUCUAAAAGGUUGGGAAAAGAAACUUCUUCGAAAUGAAAAAUUCCCUGACGUUGUGUGGCGAGUUAGCUGGUCUUUAUCCGGUAACGUCUUGGCAGUGUCCUGUGGUGAUAAUAAGGUUACGUUGUAUAAAGAAAAUUUAAAAGGUGAAUGGGAGUCAUUAGGCGAGCUG